AUGAAGAGGAUUGACGCAAGAGCUAUGUUCAAUACGGAAGUGUUUGAAAAUUUAAUCAGAUCGAACAAAAAACAACGUGAUCCUGAAGCAGUUCAAAACAGUUACCUCAGUUGCGACCUCUGGAUAAGAUGUACCCCUGUUCACAACCUAACGUAUCAGUCAUGUAAGGCGAGACUACGAACAACCUCUAACCGAUUGGUCUUCACUGUGGAGGACAUUCUUCAACUCUUGCACAAGAUCAACCAAUUCUGCGCGUUGGAGCCCGACGAGAUCCAUCCAAGGAUCCUGAAGGAAACGUCCUCCAAACUGGCAAAUCAUUUACACCUUGUGUUUUGUCAGUCACCUGACGAAGAGAUCGUCACGCCAAUCUACGAAACUGGUGGCUGA